UUUUGAUCUUUAUCAUUUAUUCACACUUUGCUUUUAACUCCUACGACGUUGCUUUCCCAAUAAAAGCUUUGUAACCAGAUUUCGGUUAUUUCUGCCGUUGAAUAAAUAACCCGGCUUUGUUGUUGUCGAUAUACAAAAGCAAUGGAGCACGAAGAAAUCUCGUGCCACGCCAACGGAAUUUCCGUACAUUUCCAGCAAAUCGAAAGACAAGUACAAACAUGGGAAGAAAUUGCAAUGGGAUACGAAGGCGAGCACAAGGCCAAGCUGCACAGUUCCCUGGCAUUACUGAGACUUCACCUUAACAAUUAUCAGAAUUUCAUUGCCACACACAGAAGAAGAUCCAUACAAAGACGCCGCAGAAGACAUCAACAAAUGAGAAAUCUUUUCAUGCAAAUGAUGGCUGAAAUACAAACCCAGUUCCUGGAGAAUUUCCCACUUUGUAUUGAACCCAAAGUUUUUAUGAAACUGCUCGAUGAGUCCCAAAAGCAAACAACAUGCCGAGAAGGCCUGGUGGAAUCAUCAUCGCUGGCAAAGAACAAAUUUGAUUUCUUCAAGGAUAUCCUAAGUCGUUUCACCGAAGAACAAUGGAUCAAUGCCUUUCACAUGACAAAGGAGAAUUUCAAUUCGAUUUGUUCACGUCUGAAAACAAAAAUCGAAAUUGACCAGCAUGAGAAAAUGCAAACUAUGGAAGCAUUUGUGGCCAUGUGCAUUUAUACCUUGGCAUCGGGGAAAACGUUUCGUGCAGUAGGUUUGCUUUACAAUAAGCCUGCGGCCUAUGUGAGGUCAGCUUUGUGUGAAUUCGUUAAUGCCUUGAUAGAUAACUUUGAGCAGCACUAUGUCAGCAUGCCCCGGGACCAAGAUGAAAUCAUGAGAAUAUGCAAAGGAUUCUCAAAAGCUUCCCAUAUGCCUCCUUGCUGCCUGGGGGUUUUGUGUGUUUUUGAAUUGCCAACAUUUGCAUAUUCGGAAGCUGGCUGUCGGUCCAAUGACGUGGAACGUGUUAUUGUACAGACUUUAAUUGAUAAUCGGCUGCAGUUUCGCAAAGUAGAAGUGGCUCAACGGGAACCUUUGAUGUUCCUACGAAAAACUAAUGAAUUGGAAACUAUACCUGUCCGAAAUGACCAGUUACCCUACUUUGUGGUGGCCCCAGACAAUUAUCCCCUACGUAGUUGGCUAAUGCAAAAAUACGACCAACCCCGGCAAUCAUAUGAACGUGAUUUCAAUUCAGCCCUAAGCUAUUUGAAUAUAUUCAGGGAAUUAGCUUUGAAACGUUUAUUUGGUCGUUGGCAAAUUUUGUCAUCAACGGAAUUUAUAGAACCCCAAUCCAAGGGUCUCAUUGCCAGGGCAUGUUGCAUUUUACACAAUAUUUUAGAACAAUUGGGCGAAAUCUAUUCCGAAGAGUGGAGUGAAAGUUGUGAUCUGAAUAAAUAUGAAUUUAAAUUGGAUAGCUGCCAAAGUGUGGAGCAGGAUGAUGCGCAGGCGGCUGAAGAAAACCGAAAUCGCAUUGCCCAGAUUGUCCACACAGAUAAUUCGAAUUUGAAUAAAAGCGAUACGGAAACCUGAA